AUGGCGGAGGAGAAGGAGUCGACGUCGAUCCCGCUCAGCCAGGCGGCGGAUGCCGUCGACCCCGAGGACCCGGCCAAGUCGCCGCCGCGACCCAGCUCGCCCACCACCUCCACACGCAAGGCAUGCUGUGCUGUUCUUCAAAGUUGGGUCUCAAGAAAAUUUAUGACUGGAUGUGUAGUGCUUUUCCCUGUUGCAGUCACGUUCUUCAUCACAUGGUGGUUUAUUCAAUUUGUUGAUGGUUUUUUCAGUCCCCUAUAUGCAAAACUUGGAGUCGACAUAUUUGGUCUUGGUUUUUUGACUUCUCUGGUGUUCAUAUUUCUGGUUGGAAUAUUUGUUUCUUCAUGGGUUGGUUCAACCAUCUUCUGGGUGGGAGAGUGGUUUAUAAAGAAAAUGCCAUUUGUAAGGCAUAUAUAUUCAGCAUCAAAGCAAGUUAGCACUGCAAUUUCACCAGAUCAAAAUACAACAGCUUUCAAAGAAGUUGCAAUAAUUCGUCAUCCACGAAUUGGUGAAUAUGCAUUUGGAUUCAUAACGUCAACGGUGGUCCUUCAGACUGACAAAGGCGAUGAAGAACUGUGUAGUGUGUAUGUGCCAACAAAUCAUCUAUACAUUGGUGACAUAUUUCUGGUGAACUCUGAGGAGAUCAUAAGACCUAAUUUAUCCAUUCGAGAAGGAAUUGAAAUAAUUGUUUCAGGAGGAAUGACCAUGCCUCAGGUGAUUACAUCACUGGAGCCUAUGCCGCGGAAAAGCCAGAACAUUCGUCUAAAUAGAAUGAUGUGA